CUGGAUAAGAGACAGUAUGUGAGUAAAGAUCAAGUUUAUGGACUUGUCAGUCCCUAUGACAUUCUGUGUGUUUUUCCCUCUUCUAGGCAACCUCUGAUAAACUCAUACGAAAGGAUGAAUGGAUGUCCCCAACAACAGAUCAAGUGUGUCUGAGUUCAUCUUGCUGGGACUUUCCACUUCUCAAGAAAUUCAAAUAUUCUUUUUUGCAGUCUUCUUCCUUGUCUAUGUAGCCAUCAUAGUAGGAAACCUCCUCAUUGUGAUCUCCGUGAUAGUUGAUACGCAUCUUCACUCCCCCAUGUAUUUCUUUCUGGCAAAUUUAUCAUUUUUUGAUUUAUGUCUUUCUUCUGCUGCAACUCCCAAAAUGAUUGCAGACCUCCUUAGAAAAUGCAAGACCAUCUCCUUGUGGGGCUGCAUGGCUCAGAUGUUUUUUAUGCACUUCUUUGGGGGUGGAGAGAUGUCUCUUCUGAUAGCUAUGGCCAUAGACAGGUAUGUUGCCAUAUGCAAGCCCUUGCAGUAUCAGACCAUCAUGAAUCACAGGGUGCUCAUCGGGUUUCUGCUGCUCUCAUGGGCAAUUGGGUCCAUACAUACCACAAGCCAGAUGGUUUUCACGGUAGGUUUACCCUUCUGUGGUCCCAAUGUUGUGGACAGCAUUUUCUGUGACCUUCCCCUGGUCAUCAAGCUUGCCUGCACUGAGACCUAUAUCCUAGAGCUCUUGGUGAUUGCAAAUAGUGGACUCCUGUCCCUGAUCUGCUUCAUUCUCCUGCUCAUAUCCUACAUUGUCAUGCUGGUCACCAUCUGGCAGCACUCCUCCAGUGCAUCCUCUAAGGCAGUGUCCACACUGUCUGCUCACAUCACUGUGGUCACUCUCUUCUUUGGUCCUGCUAUCUUCAUCUAUGUUUUCCCGUUCAAGAGUUACUCUGUAGAUAAGUUUCUUUCUGUGUUUUACUCUGUAAUCACCCCUCUCCUUAAUCCAAUUAUUUAUACUCUGAGGAAUCAAGAAAUGAAAGCAGCCAUUAAGAGACUCAGCAGCCAGCAUAUUGGCUCUUGGCUCACUUCCUAA